UGCGAAAUGACAACAAACAGAUUCUUCAACAAAUAGACUACGCACAUUUCAUUUGUGUAUAUUAAAUAAGAAUCAAUAGAACAUAUAUAUAUUGUCAUCUGAAAAGGUUGACUGCUAUGUACCUGUUGCAGGAUUAUUUAUACUACAUGACUUUUUUGUAAAUACAUUCGGUGCACAGGUUUUUAAUAUUUUAUUAUUGGCGUCAAUUUCAAUUUUGAACAUCCGGUAUUAAUACAUCAAACUUAUAUAAGAUUUGUCCAGAAACAAAUAUCUUGUAUUACAUUUAUAUAUUUUAGGCCAAUACCAACGUAAUUCACAUUAAAAAUAAACAUAUGUUUAAGGAAAAAAAUUGACGAAGCUUUAUUUCAAAAGUGUUUGUUCUAUUCUAGCAAUCAAUCUCCUCGCUGUGAAUAAUAUUUCUUAAAGAUACAUUUUAAUAACAUCUUUAAAGCAAAAUAUUUAAUAUAAAUCUAUAGUAUUUUUUUAUUUUCUUUCUCCAACAAUACAAAAUGAAGCAAUAUAUUAUAUUAGGUGUGUAUCUGUUCUCUGUGUGUUGUUUUGCAAAUGUUUACUCCGAUAGUCUCUUCCCAGUACCUAUUGAUGAUUGUCUCACACAACUGGACAAAUCAGGGUUUAGUACAGCAAAUGCCUCAACUGAUUUUCUUCGUAAAUGUUUGAAUCCAUUCAAUAACAGCUUGACUGGUUGGGAUCAUCCAUGGAUUAUAUCUCUUUACAAAGGAAUAUUUAAAGCUUAUAAAUGUAAAAAUCAUCCAACCGAAGCAUGCAAAGAAUUAAGAACACGAAGAGAAUAUCGGCAACUUUCGGACAAGGAAAGACAUUUAUAUCACUCAGCCUUCCUGGAGUUAUACAAAGACACGAGCGUACCUCCAAAUAAAUUCAUGGCAUUGGUCCUCCUUCACAGAGACGAACAUUCUCAAGUGGCACAUGGUGGGCCGACAUUUAUUAUAUGGCAUAGGUUAUAUCUUUCUAUGUUUGAGGAAGCUUUACGCCAGAUUAACAGCAAUCUUACUAUUCCUUAUUGGGAUGUGACUAUAGACGAACGACUUCCUGAUGCAGCGCUAUCCAAUAUUUGGACAGAAGAUUUCAUGGGAAAUGGUUUUGGUAGAAUAAAAAAUGGUAUUUUUAAAGACUGGUCACAUGAUCGCGGAUUUGUACAAAGAUACCUUGGAAACAACGACGAUCUUCCAACGAUGGAAAUGCUAUUGAGUGUGCUUCAUUAUCCAUUUACAAAAUUGGAGCUUGUACACAAUAGAAGCCACGCCUUUGUUGGUGGAGACAUGCAGGAUUCUUCAGUUUCACCCAGUGAUCCUGUAUUCUGGAUACUACAUUCAUUUUAUGACUUAGUCUGGGAUUACUUCUUGAAAGAGAAAGCCCGACCUGGUAAAGACAUAACACAAAUGUAUCCAUCUGAUGAUAUCUAUCCAUUGAACCGUAGUAUUUGUGUAAUUCCUGUUACCAUAAAACAAGCCAUAGAGUUGAGUGUACUAUUGUCCAAGUAUGUAUAUACAUAUUCGCCGCAACCGGCAUGUAAACUAAACAAACAAGGAUGCACUUCGCAGUACCUUACAUGCCUAAAUGAACAAUGCGUUCCAUCGAGUAGAGACUGCAACGAAGGUACUGUCACUGACAAUUAUUGUAAGCAUUUCCAUUGUCAAGGGAACUGGAGUGUUGUUCCUUUAAGUAUAUCUAUAUCGUAUUCCAAUGAGAGGCAGCGGUGUAAAGUACCAUGUAACAAUGCAUCUCCUAUAAAUUUAUACAGUAACGGGUUUAGACAGAUGACUAUAUAUUUGAACUCGACUGUAUCAGAAGUGUAUGUAGAAGCAGUAGUUGAAAUGCUUACCUCAUUUCAAGAUAUUGCAGUCAUGGAUUCAUGUUCAAAUGAAUGUGACGCGUAUUGUUUGGUAAAUGAUAAAUACGAGCGAUGUUAUAAAUUAACAGUUUCUGAAGUUUAUGUGCAUAAUAUAAUUCCCGUCAAGCACUUUAGCGACAGCAAGGAUAACGGCAGAAAGAGCAAAACAAGAAAUAGUAAUGCACGUAGGGAUCUGCUAUUCAAGUGCAGAGGUAGUCGGAGUAGUAGUAAUAGUAGUAGUAGUAGUAGUAGUAGUAGUAGUAGUAGUAGUAGUAGUAGUAGUAGCGGCAGUGGUAGCAGUAGCAGCAAGAGUAGUAGUAUGACAAAAUAAAUGGUUACGUCAAUCCCGCGAAAAUUAUAUGAAAUUGUUUCGAUUCUAUCUGUGUUACGAAAGUUGAUUUGCCAUUAAAAUAUUAUUAAACGUA